CACCUACUGUUUGUGCUGUAGACAUUUCUCUACUUUCUCGACCGCCAACUUUCAAGGAACACGAAGAUGCUAGCAACCACAAACUGACACGCCAACGGCCAGUACGCUUUCACUUUUACUCUGGAGUAUCCCGAAACUCGCCCAGAGAGGCGGACUAUGUGAGAAUUGUGGCUCCCGCCCAACUCGCCGGUUGCCCAAUUGAUAUUAAGCGAUUGCUUUAAGGAAAAAAAAAAAAACAGUUCCGGCACCAACCCGGAAAUCUUUUUUCUCGAGGCUUCAUGGGAAAUGAAGUUUUUUUGGUGACUGUUAUCAAUAGAGACGUGAGAAAGAAAAAGAAAUACUAGAAAUGUAUUAGAUAUUUAUUGAUAUUUAAUUUGUUUUAACAGUUCAGAGGAAAUAGUAUACUGUAAACAUAUAUAGAAUGUACUAUACUGUUACUGGAAAGAAAAACAAGCAGGCUCACUGAAACCCACAUACAUCAUAAAGACCCACACUCAUAGACUGUGACAGGCUGCAGAAACAAAGCACUGGUACUCAGUGAGGAUGGAGCAGGAAUAUGAUAUUAUCGUGCUUGGAACUGGACUGAAGGUGGAAAUGUUCUGAGCUGACCAAAACCAGAAACCCCGCUGAAUGCAUCCUCUCUGGUUUAAUGACUUUAAGUGGGAAAAAGGUUCUCCACAUUGAUAAGAAUCCUUAUUAUGGAGGAGAGAGUGCAUCCAUUUCUCUCCUUGAGGAGCUGUACAAGAAGUUUAAUACUCCUGGUCCUCCAAAAUCGAUGGGCAGAGGGAAAGAGUGGAACGUUGACCUCAUCCCCAAAUUUUUUCUUUCCACCGGUCAGAUGGUAAAAAUCUUGUUGCACACCGAGGUUACUCGGUAUCUGGACUUUAAAGUCGUAGAAGGCAGCUACGUAUACAAAGGAGGAAAAGUGCACAAAGUCCCCGCCAGUGAAAAAGACGCAGAUGCUUCAGAUCUGAUGGGCAUGUUCGACAAGAGGAGGUUCAAGAAGCUGCUGCUCUUUGCUCUGAACUUUGACAUAAGAAACCCUCGCACCCACCAUGAUGUGGACCCUCACAAAACGACCACAAGGGAAUUGUUCCAUCGCUACGACCUGGGACUUGAUGUCAUAGAGUUUAUAGGUCACGCCAUAGCCUUGCACAACAGUGAGAGUUACCUGGACCGGCCCUGUGUGGAAACCAUCAGUCGGAUCAGGCUGUACUCCGAUUCGCUGUCCUGUCGAAACACCAGUCCGUACCUCUACCCACUGUAUGGUCUCGGGGAGAUACCACAGGGUUUUGCCAGACUGAAUGCAGAGUAUGGAGGAACGUUCCUGCUGAACAGGGCAGUGGAUGAAAUUGUGAUGGAUAGUGGCAAAGUGAAAGCUGUGAAAUCUGAGGGGAAGCUGUUCCACUGCAAACAGUUAAUCUGUGAUCCCAGCUACGUUCCCAAUCGAGUGAGGAAGGUGGGGCGUGUCGUUAGGGCGAUCUGUUUUCUAAAUCAUCCAGUUAAACACACUCAUGAUGUCAGCUCCUGUCAGAUCAUCAUCCCUCAAACUCAGCUUAACAGGAAGUCAGACAUUUAUAUAUCUGUAGUGUCCUUUGCGCACAACGUGGCCUCAGAUGGGAUGUACAUCGCCACAGUCAGCACAACUGCAGAAACCACCAACCCAGAGAAAGAAGUGCAGCCAGGACUCGAGCUCCUCGAACCCAUCGUGCACAAAUUUGUGUCUGUCAGCAAUCUGCUAGUUCCAAAUGAAGAUGGAAAAAAGAGUCAGAUAUUUGUGUCCCGCUCAUAUGAUGCAACAAACCACUUUGAGACUGAGUGUGAGGACAUCAAAGACAUGUACCAGCGGCUCACAGGGACAGAGCUCAGCUUUGCAGGAUCCAGGCACCAGUCUCAUAACUCUGAUGACGACUGAGGACAGCUUGAUGUCAGCAGCUGGGAGGCCGUAAAUGUAUGUGGUGUAUAAUCAUCAUUCAUGGAUGAUUAUAUGCCACAGCUGUAAAGCAGAGGGUGUGAUGUAGGGUGUAGACUGAACUGAGAGUGUGCUACGUAACUGCCUGACGUCUCUUUUGCCUCUUAAUUUGUUUGCUGUAAUUUCUCUCUCGUGUGAAAAUCUGCUAAAUAAUGAUGUUGCUACUUUGUUAUGAGAGAAGGUAAUACAUCACUAUGACUUUUCUGCUGGAUAGUUUUUACAUCGGUUGUUUACACCAGAGUGAAACUUUUUUUUUUUUUAUAUUACUUAUCAAGUUAUAUUGACUAAAAAACAUAAAAUGUUGUGAAAGUAUUGAAUGUAGUGUCUACCUUCACAUUCAAUGUUUG